CUUCACACAUCAACUACAACUGCAACGCCAACAUCACAAAUCAGACAAAAUGGCUCCCGCAGCGACUGGCGCGAAGAAGCAGAAGAAGAAGUGGUCCAAGGGCAAAGUCAAGGACAAGGCCCAGCACGCCGUCCUGCUCGACAAGACCACUUCCGAGAAGCUCUACAAGGAUGUUCAAUCAUACCGUCUCGUCACAGUCGCUACCCUCGUCGAUAGGCUAAAGAUCAACGGUUCGCUGGCACGAAAAUGCCUAAAGGAUCUUGAGGAGAAGGGCCAGAUCAAGCCCGUUGUCACCCACAGCAAGAUGAAGAUCUACACCCGAGCCGUCGGUGCCUCGGACUAAACCAUCACUCUCACGAUACCACGAUGAAGAUGAUAUUCGGCCGACAGUCGACAAUAGAGUUCGACGGGCCAGAUGGAUCGCGGAUACGGCUUUGAUGGAUUCAGGCAUUUGGUCCUCGGCGUAGCAUUGGGACGGUUAUGGUUCGGAAUUUCGCUUGCAGUUGCAUUCAGAUAGGGACCGAAUGAGAAACCCCGAUGAAUCUGCGUAUAUAUUUUCGGCUGAUUUACGUGCUAUCGACCGCUGUGCUUGCUAUAAAUAUUCUUGCUGUCUACGCGUAUACUCGGAAUUUUAGGCCUACGAUGUCUUCCAAUCCUUAAGAUCCAGCAAAGAAAUAUAGUUCUUCGUAAACAUGGUCUAGUCGAAUUUAUAGGCAAACUGAUAGCUGAUAGUCUGCUAACCUAGGAACCUAUUAAACAAUAAGCUGGAAGCGACCUGUCUUGGGCACCUAUUAGAGUAGUGGAUGAGUCUGCGAUGCAUAUUUGGUAGCACAAACGGAUGUAUUAGCAGGCGUCAUUCCAACUAGGAAGUAUAUAUUUAUAUACAGGACUUUCAUAUGUAUUAAAGCACCAAGGUUAGUACCCG